GAAUCGACAAGCCAGCGCUACCUCUGAACGAGAACCAACCACUUCUUCUUUUCGUUCACGAUCCCCUAUUCCCGCUAACCACCACAGCCCUCAACGAGGACCGAGAGCAACCAUGUCGGCGAAGACGGAAUCCACGACCAAGAAGUUCGGCUCGUCGACUCGGGUCGUCCCCGCCCCCUCCCAGAAGGCGCAGAAGUGGUACAACGCCGACGAUGAGCCCGAGGCCAAGAAGGUCCGCAAGGCCGUCCGUCCCUGGGCCCCUCGCAAGACCCUCCAGCCCGGCACCAUCCUGAUCCUCCUCGCCGGUCGCUUCCGCGGCAAGCGCGUCGUCCUCCUGAAGACCCUCGACCAGGGUGUCCUCCUCGUCACCGGCCCCUUCAAGAUCAACGGCGUCCCUCUCCGCCGCGUCAACUCCCGCUACGUCAUCGCCACAUCCUACAAGGUCGACGUCUCCGGCGUCGACUCCCAGAAGAUUGAGGAGAUCUCGCAACCCAAGUACUUCACCGCCGACAAGGCCAAGAAGCAGAACGGCGAGGACGCUUUCUUCAAGCAGGGAGAGAAGCCCCAGAAGAAGGAGAUCAACAGCAGCCGUGCGGCUGACCAGAAGGCCGUCGACAAGGCCCUGCUCGCCAGCAUCAAGAAGGUUGACAUGCUCGCCUCCUACCUGGCGAGUUCCUUCAGCCUGCGCAAGGGUGACAAGCCCCACGAGAUGACCUGGUAAACAGUCCUUUUCCGGCUGGUUUGAUCUGGGUUCGUUGACGUGUGGUGUUUUGUUCCGCCUGUUGCCGCGCUGCUUUCGUGACUGAAGGGUGGCAAGGCUCGGAAGGGAGAAAAAACUCGGGGAAGGGAAAUGGGAACAAAAAUAAGAACAAACAUUUUUCUUCGACCCCAGGUUUUUUUUGCGGUUGAGAAUGUGGUUGUUGUAGACGACGAAGAACUUAUGGCUACGGGCUGGGCUGGUUUUGCCAAUUGCAUUUGGAAGUCGACGGCAUCGGUCACAUUUGGCGUCUGUAAUGAGGUUCUUCAAAUCCAACACACAAAGAAGAUAAAACAUCUGGUCCACGAACACGCACUCAAUUUGUCAAUCACUCACCUACAGAGCCCCCCCCCCCAUAUUCCUGAAAAAGAUCCCUCACCAAAUUGAUAAU